AUGGGAGAAGCAGGUGGCUAUUUCAAAAGCUCGAGAGGAUUGAGGCAGGAGGAUCCCCUAUCGCCGUAUCUUUUCGUGCUGGCAAUGGAAGUAUUUUCUAGACUACUCAAAUCUCGUUAUGCGUCGGGCUAUAUUGAGUAUCACCCAAACGCUAAACCAGUGGAUAUCUCUCAUUUAAUGUUCGCCGAUGACGUAAUGGUCUUCUAUGAUGGUAGCAGCUCUUCACUUCAUGGCAUCUCAGAAACGCUUGACGACUUUGCUAUGUGGUCAGGACUUGAAAUCAACCAAACCAAGUCUAAGCUUUUCACUGCAGGCCUCACCCAUCAAGAAACAAUCACCUCCAUGAGCUAUGGUUUCCCUAUUGGUACACUACCUAUCCGCUAUUUGGGCCUCCCGCUUAUGCACCGUAAGCUGAGAAUCUCGGAAUACUCCCCGCUGUUGGAUAAAAUUGCUGGAAACUUCAAUGCUUGGCACGGUGGUGUUUUGGAUCACAACGUUCAUCUUGCCAAAGGGUUGUAUCAAGAAUAUAAAAUCUCUCUGCUCAAAGUUCCUAUGGUCAGAGAUUCAUGGCAUUUGAAGUCGCUUCUCAAGCUUAGACAACUUUCGAGGCCGUUUAUUGUAUGCACGGUUCAAAAUGGAAGAUCAGCUAAUUUCUGGUUUGAUCAAUGGACACCAUUGGGAGCUCUAAUUGAUGCUCUAGGACCUUCAGGACCCCGUGCUCUACGAAUACCUCUUCAAGCUACUGUCUCCGAGGCUACUACAGACGACUUAUGGAAUCUGCCAGUGCCUAGAUCCGACGAAGCAGUAGCUCUCCAUGCUUAUCUGACAACAAUUCCUGCUACCGACGCGCUCCAGAUUAGCGGCUUGGGGAAUGCUCAUUCCAACCACAUGUUGCUUGUGCAUCUACUGAAUUGGCCUUCCACGGCUCCCGUUCGGCCUCUGCGUAUCCUCAGAAGUGUUGCAGUCCAAGAAAUUGUUUACAAUCUCUGGGCUGAAAGAAAUAACAGAAUCUUCAAGAACAAGGUGUUAACCACAUCAGAACUCUUCAAGAUUUUGGACAGACAAGUGAGGAACACCAUCUCUGCUCGCAAGACCAGGAAGCAUUUCAAGAAUCUCAUGGCUGUUUGGUUGUUCUAA